GCCUCCAGUUCUGGGUCAGAAAAAUUCAAAUUCAGUGGCCAUGGCUUUAAAGGGAGCACUUAUUUGGCUUUGCUCACUUGCAGUCUUGUACUCCGCAGAUGAAACUUUGAUUCAGAAUGGCAGCUCACAUAAUCUCAAGGUGGUAGAGUGUGGUGAAAACGUGUCAUGGAGUGCAAAGCAGACAGAAGCACUUCUGCUCUCUCUGAGGAAUCUGACAGAUUCUCUGCAUGAACACCAACUGAAAGGUCAGAGACAUGCGUGUUUGUUUCGAAAUGAAACUUUACCUCACAAUGGCAGCUCGCAAACUGAUCUCCAGGUGGCGGCAGAGUGUGGUGAAAACCUGCAAUUGAGUGCAGAGCAGACAGCUGUACUAUUGCUCUCUUUGAGGAAUCUGACUGAUUAUCUGCACAAACACCAGCUGAAAGAAUGUCAAGGUGCUGAGCCAAAGGAAUGCCCUGAACCCGAAGUUCCCCAAAAUGGAGGGUUGGCAUGUGUCACGGUUGCCAAGAAGCGCUACUGUAAACCUCUGUGCAACAAUGGUUACGAUUUUGGUUUUAUAAGGAGGAGUCGUUUGUAUGAUGAAUGCAGUAAUCAUACAGGAAAUAAAUGGAAAAGCCAGUACAUAGGAGGGAACAAGCUGGCUGUGUGCAACGAAGCAUCUAUUCAAGUUUCAGGAGCAAAGACAGCGUAUUUUCCUGAAGAUCGAGACUGCCUAACAACCAAGAGCAGCAGCCAACUGUGGGGCACAAUCAUUGAGGUUUUUACCACUGAGCUGAAGAAUCAAGGCGUACAGGGAGAGCCACAGUAUGCCUGUCUUGUAUGUGGAUGAAUGCUGUGGUGAGAAAGUCCUUCUAAGUUUUACUGAGAAAUGAAGCUUGGCAAGUAGUUACUACUUAGUAAUAGUAGUAAACUGUAUGUUAAACUUGACUUCAAGUUUAAAGAAUAAAAGAGUUCCCU